AAUAAUUUUUUAAAAAUGUUAUUGUUAUUAGGCUUUCUUAAUUAAUUAAUGAUAGAACAACAAAUUGAAUAAUUAAAUAUUUGUCAAGGUAGUUUGAUAUUUUCAUGGAGUUUACAGACUUAAAAAGAAAACCAUUUAAAGUUGCUAAAGAAGAUAAGUUAUUCAAGGGUAUUGUUGUUUCAUGUCUAGAAGAGCUCAAAGUAAGAUGUAUUAGCAUUUUUGGAUUUAUUGUUCACAGCACAUUAGAUGUCAAUGUGGUUUUGGCAGAAGAUGGGACUCUUAUCGAUGAUGAGGAAUAUUUUGGUUUACUGCCAGAAAACACAUAUUUAAUUGUAAGGAGUAAUGAACAGGAAAAAGUGGCGACAAUUUUUGACUCUACAGAUGGAAAAUUAGAGACUUCUGAAAGUCAAGAGACAUUUAUUAAAACACCUCUUGCAACAAUACCUUCUCAGGUUAUUAAAAAACUAAAUAAUAUGAGUAUUUCAGAAGCUAUGAUUUCUUUAAUGACAUUAUCUAAUGAAGAACUUGAAUGGAUAUUAGAUUCAAAUAUUUCAACUUUUCAUAAAUUUUUAAAAGUCUCAGAAGAUGAGUUACGUAUAUUUUACAGCACUGCAGAAAAAGAACUUUUACGUAGAAAUGAGCUAACUCAAGCUAAUCAGUUAUUGCAUUUAUAUCAAAAAGCAAAAGAUAGCUUGGAUUUAGUUGAUUCUGUGAAAAGAAAGAGAUAAAAAAAAUUUAAAUAUAAUAAAAAUAAAUUUUAACAUGUUUCAAAAGUAAUUUAUUGAUUUGACUUUUGUUUUUUAAAAAUUUUAAAAUAUAUAUUGCAAAAUUUAAAACAUAUACUGGCUUUAAAUAUUUUGCUAAAUCCAGGAAAAAAGUUUUAAACAAAAUCAAGUAAGUGCUAGGUUUCGGAAGCCACUAUUUUUCCAGGCUCUUAACAUGUAUUGAUGUGUUGUUGUCAUAGAUGUAUAAAAUUUUUUGAUAAUUAUACAUUUUCAAUGUAAUGCAGUGAAUUUUGUUUUAAUACUAUGUAUAAUAAUAAA